CCAAACAACAAUUCGGCUAGCGGUGAGGAAAGCAAAAGUGCUACGAAUCGAGGCGCAAUGUCGGAUCCCCACGACGAACUGUGUCCACCGAAUCCGGAAGACGAUGAGCUUACGUUACCGCGCGCCAGCAUCAACAAGAUCAUCAAGGAACUGGUACCCUCGAUACGGGUUGCAAACGAAAGCAGGGAACUGAUACUGAAUUGCUGCACCGAGUUCAUACACCUGAUCAGUUCCGAGGCGAACGAUGUGUGCAACCAGCGGAAUAAGAAAACUAUCAACGCAGAACACGUUCUCGAAGCGCUCGACCGGCUCGGUUUCAAAGACUACAAGCAGGAGGCUGAAGCUGUGCUUAACGAUUGCAAACAGGUAGCGGCCAAACGACGGAGGCAGAGCACGCGACUCGAAAACCUGGGCAUCCCCGAAGAAGAGCUGUUGCGCCAGCAGCAGGAACUGUUUGCCCGUGCGCGGGAAGAACAGGCAGCCGCAGACCAGCAGCAAUGGUACACCGUGCAAACAGCGACAAUACAGAAUGCGGAACUGUUUCAGAAGCAACCGUCGCAGGACGAAGACGAUAGUGACGAAUAUUAA